AUGAAAGUUUCUCUCGAAUUCGUCUUACUAGGAGUUGCUAUACUUGGAAUUGGCUAUGUAGCCAGCUUGCCAACGAAUGCAACUGCUUUGGCUACAAUUGAGCCUCCUAAAAACUGCACAGCCAUGACAUUUUUCAAAGCUGUCGGCUGUCUUUAUCGUCUCGGGGAGUACAUGGGAAAGAUGUAUUUCCUCAACAUCAACAAACCGUCCAGCAUUGAGUCGUUCCACAAAUCCUGCAUUUCCCUCCAAGAAUGUAUUCGUUCCAUAUCCUGUGAAGACGGUCAGUCGGAAGGGACCAAACUUGCGAACCAAAUCGAAUCGCACUGCGUAACUCUUCAGUACCUGUUCAAAGAUUUCUCGCCUUGUUUCGAAAAAUUCGAUAAGAAUAACAAGGAUUCCAAGUGCGUCGAGUCGUGGGUACCAUUUGUGGAUUCAGAGAAGAACGCAACUCAAACAGAAAUCUGCAACAACUUCUUCGGAGACAAUAAUUGCAUGAAAAAGGAGGUGACUGAUACUUGCAGCGAGACGGAAUGGAAAGGAUUGAGAGAUCACUUCAUCAAAAGCACACCAGAAAUUAAGGCCUGCGGGUUUGAGGAUUUGUGA